GAGGGAUUAGUUAAGUCUUGACCUUCGGGCCUGCUCUUCAUCCCUGAACUAUGCUAGAUUGUGCAAAAGGCCAUUGUCUCUACCUGCUGUAUGGGAGCGUGGGGCUGGAAGGGCUCCUCCUGCUGCUCGUCAUUGUCCUGUUCACCUGCCUGUGCCGGGUCCAGCAGAGAGUGAAGAGACUGGAAAGGAACAAGGCCCAGAUGUCGGGGCAGGAGCUCCACUACGCGUCUCUGCAGAGGCUGCCGGUGUCCAGCGGUGACCUCACCGACAGAGAGGAGGGCGAGGGCCUGAAGGACGACCCCAGCACCGACUACGCCUGCAUCGCCAAGAACAAGCCCACCUGAGCCCCGAUGCCCCCCGGCCCUGGGCGGGUGGUCGGAGCCGCCCCGAGUUCCCCCAGUAAAGACUGUGGCUCCCGCCUC